AUGUCCCAUUCGCCCCGGAAGCAGACUUCAUCGUCGUAUCGUCGACAGUCAAAAGUAUGUGCACGCUGCAAGAAACGGAAGACAAAAUGCGAUCUCAAUUUUCCAGCUUGCACUCCCUGUAAGAAAGCUGGCUUAAGAUGUCAAGGUUACAGCUCUUCCGGGAACGAAGAGGUGCCACGAAGUCUAGUUAGGUCAUUAGAAGACCAAAUCGCCAGGCUAGAAUCUCAAGUCGAAAAGAUCAACCAGUCGCCUAAGAAUUUGCCAAUAUUAUUCGGCACAAAAAUCGCUAGAGCUUCCCUGUCUGCCAUAGUUACCUCGCCAAGGCCCUUCUUCCACACCACUUUCUCAUCUACCUUGUUUCUACACCCAUCGUGCCCGCCGUUACCUGUAGCAAGGACCAAGAACCCGCAAUCCCGCGCGAAACCGAGCUCUAUACCUGCACCGCCAAGAUCUCAAACUUCGCCAACUAAUCUAAGCACCGUUCCCUAUGCGGCCAUAGAUCAAAUGGUUCGAAACUACACCAACAUUCAUUUGCCGCAAUACCCAUGUGUCUCCGAGUCCUGGCUCCACGAAAUCCUAGCUCGUGUCUUAAAGGAACGGUCUGGAGAUACAGACUAUGUCCUGAUAUACGGGAUUCCACCGGAAUCCCAACUCACCCAUUUCGAAUACUUUGUCGUCUUCAUCAUACUUGCUAUAUCGUCACUGACUCUCACAUGGCGUGCCGAGUCUCAAGCAAUGGCAGCAUCUGAUUCGUUCUUCGAGUCCGCUCUUAAACACUUGAAUUUGAUGAAAGAAGUGGACGAGAUCCAGACACUUCAGAUAUCACUCUUGCUUGCCCAUUACGCUCAUAUGAAUCCAGAGAGAGUCGACAAUUGGAUCUGUAUAUCCAAUGCUUGCAGAGUCGUGCUUGAUAUGGGACUAUAUAGAUCACCUACGGCAACUUUUACUCAUGCUCAAGCUCAGUUGAGGAGGCAAUUAUUCUGGGUCACGUAUGGAAUGGAGAGAUCUCUUUGCGGCAUACUGAGACUACCACUUUCUUUCCCCGAAGAAUCGAUCACUGUAGAGCUUGAUUCGACACAUUACGAUAAUGUCACAGACGAAGUCCUCAAAGAAUCUUCAGCCAAUCACAUAUACCUAUAUCGCGGCUUGGAAACGGAAGUCCAUCGAGUCCUUCACCUACAACAAGAAGUCACGCAGCUCCAGCAGCGCACGAUAGACCAAUGGAUGAUAGAUAUCAACACUCGUCUCGAAUCCUGGUGUCAAAAAGCCCAAGGAUUCUCCGUCCAUCAAAUGCUGGAAUUCAGAGACGUGCAAUACGCUCACUUGAAAGCAAAACUCCACAGACCCACCCCUCGCUUGAGAAUCCGCACGGCGGAAGAUCGCCAAAUAUGUCUUGAGGCUUGCCAAAUACUGGUAGACGACUAUCAAAAACAAGUCAAGCAUCGACGACUUUUCUAUCCUUGGCAUGGUGUUCAUAUUCUGUUCGAAGCAGCUGUCAUUAUGCUCGAUGCCUGUUGGGAAUCGAGAGACUGGUCACCCCUUCGACAACCAGCACGAUUCGCGCUCUCUGUCACACUUCCAGAUUGCUUGUCUCUGCUUGCCAAAGUGGGAGAGCGUUGGCACGAAGCAGCGCUGUGUGCAGAUUAUCUUCGUCCCGUUGUUGAGGAAGUGGGGAAGGCCUUCCACGACCGAAUCAUGAAUGAUGCAGCCUUGAACGCCGAGAAGGAAGGUCACACAACAGGAAAAUUGCGCCAACUGCUGUUUCCGGACGGGCCUCUGGCGUGGAAUGCGAGGACGUCCGAGUUCUCAUCGGGUGAGUUUCUGGCGGGAGACCUGAAUCAUUCGGGGUUACCGCCGUUACCGGAUCUUCCAGAUCUACAAUGGGAUGGGAACUGGGACCUGGGACCUGGAUGA